AUGGUCCUGGAGCUGGAAGAGGAAUCGCUCGUGAGCAGUGUGCAGCUGACAAUUCACAAAGAUUUCCCUCGUACUGAACGAACUUUUCAGUACGAUCCAACCCUUUUCAGCUUCUUCUCUCACAGUUUCGCUCGGAAUUCCUUCCAAUCACUUCCGCAAUUCUCGUGGUAAAUCCUACAAUGCUGACUAUUCUGUCCGCCAGGAAUUGAAGUUUCGUGCUGAUUUCCACGUGGCGUACGGUGAGAAGCACCCGCGAGCGACUGUGUUCUUCAAUUCACCGGCUAAGUUUGUGAGGUUUGUGCACAAGAAAAAGAGUAAUGAAGAUCAGCGCCACCGUUAGCAGUUUCAUCUCACACAUCAACACUUUCAAAGAAAACAGAUGCCCAUCUUCAUCUAACACAAGUCAUAACUUUUUGUGCUCAAAAAAAGAGCUGAAUCCAUGUCAUAAUCCACUAAAAUCGUCGUCGACUCGGCAAUUCGAUGGCAAACAAAAAGACCGUGGUUCUCUGAACUGCGCCUGGGCUCUUUUCUCUCUUUUCAAACGGCUGUUGGCACCCAGUGUCCAUCGUCAUUUUUCUAUUUACCCAUGUCUUUUCCCCGUGCUUUCUCGGUUUGACUCUCGAAAGUAUGUACUACUGAGAGCUGCCGUGUCUGUUUACGACCCACAAACUGUUUGGCUCGCGCCACGAAAUGAAGAGAAGUUUGUAGUCGAGGCUACGCUUCCCGGGGGCGGAGUCUCCCGUCGAAUGACCUCCUUUUCAUUUCCAGACACACCAAUUAUUCUGUCCUCUGGGCUCUUUUCUCCAUAACAACACGCAUUUCUUUGUUUUCAGCUCAAAUUUCUCACUCUCCGUCUCUUGAAUAUUCAGGUGUCCACGCACUCAUUCUCUCCUGUUUCUGUUAGAAUGAGCUUGAAGAUUGAAGCCAAUAUGCAGGGAAAGUGAAAAUUGGUUGAAAUUAUCUGAAAAUGUCAGGCGCUCGAUUUGUGUCUUGUGCGGCAGAUUGUAGUUGCGAUUAGAUAAUUCACAAAUGAGAUGGCACGCUCUCCUCUUUCUCUUUCUUCCCUUCCAGAGCAUUCGAUUCUCUCUCUCUCUCUCUCUCUUCUGACAUUCUCGAACAUUUCCAUUUGCAAAGGCCCAUUCGCAUGACUUUCGAGGUCGAAAAGCUCUCGCAUUUCCCCUUUUUUUCCAUGAAUUUCAAUUGCGCGUCGAUUUCCGAUUUCCGCUCGAUUAUCCCGUCGCUUUCCAACUUUUUUGCACGGAAAUCAGAUAUACUCUCUAAAUCCCUCAGAUAUUAUGAAUUUCCAGAAUCUCAGUGCACGGAUUCGUCGAUUCGGACGUCAACCUCCACCGUCAAGUGUCCAUUCUAUCAGUGAUUAUCAGCGGAGCAGGUCAGCAUUCCCCAUUCCUCCCCCGCUCAUCCAUGAAAGCGACAAUCAAUUGCAUAACCAAAAAAGACUCAUUUUCGAUGCGAAAUUCCGAAAGUCAGAGUUCGCAAUCGCAUAAAGCCCGGGAAAUUUUGAUUUUGUUUCUCUUUUGUUGUUUUUUUGCGAAAAAAAAUAACAUUCGAAUACACAUUAUUCAAUGUCGAUGCUCGUCCGUUUCCUAUCAUUUUUCAACAAGAAAAAGGCGAAGAAAACGCUGAGAAUGGAAACGAAACGAAGCAUUGGAGUUUUCGAUCUACUCGAUCAUUUGGGCGAGUCCUCUGAGCAGGAGAAGAAACGUGAGGUUUUCAACACUGUAUCUGAGAACUUUGAGAAAAAGGGUCGAGUGUCAUUCCCCACUCCCUAAUUACCCUCUCCCCCUCUCCCGGUUCGUUCCGAAUGACCUUUGCCACACGUUUUCAGGUGAAAUUCUCCCGUUUGACAGCCGUCCGAAGGCCGAAUCACAAGAGAAAAAGAUGAGUUUUGUCGAACUCGACGAGGGAAUUCUGCUGCCGUUGAAGGCCAAACCGGUCAGUUUCACGCUGAAAUGAUUCUCGAUUACUCUCUGCAUUCGAAUUGUUUCCGUUAUUUGUGCAGUGCUGUUUAUCCAGCUCAUCCUUGCAAUCUCCGUCUGUUUUUGACAGUUUUUUGAACAGAAAAUAGGGAACUCACAAGGUUCUAUGAUGAACAGAACUUUUCAAUUAACUUUAGAACAAUAAAAAGGGAAUAAGAAAAGAGUUGUUCCUUUCCCGUGGCUCUUUCUCUUUCUCUUUCUCUCUCUCUCUCGUUCUCUUUCUCUCUCUCUUUCUCUCUCUCUCUCUCUCUUUCUUUGUUGUUUCCAUUUUCUCUUUUCCGUACAUGUUUGGUUAGUCAUCGAGAGACACCUUCUGACGCAGACAUUCACGUAAACACGCCUCCCCCAUUUUAUUAAAUCGCAUAACAAAGUAUAGUUGUCUCUCUCCCUCUCUCCCUUUUCCGAUUGACUUUAUUUCAUUUUGCAGCUCAGCUUUUGCAGUUGGUUCAUCGUGAGCAAGUUUAUGAGUAUUAGUCGGUCCCAGACGGAUUAUCCCAGUUCUUCGAAUGCUCUUCCUGACAGAUCGGAUCAGAUGAUGGACUCCCAGUGCCAUCUCUUUUUCUAUUUGCUCUGUCUUUCCAUUCUGUUACUUCUUAUUUACCUGUGAGUCAGUACGGUUGCCGCCCAUUCGGUCUCCCAGAAGUUUUGGAACUUUUUAUAUCAUUGUUCUCUUUUCUGUUUCUCAGAGGCCGGAAAAAUAACAAAAGGAGAGAAUUAUCGGUUUCCAAGGAGACCUUUCACUCGUUUUUUCCUUCUCUCACUUGCUCAAUCUCCCUCUCCCUCUCUCCGUCGCUUUCUCCCUCCCCAUUUCCCUUCAAAAACUCUAUUUUCUCAUGCUCGAAUGCACAUUUGCUUUUCCAGAAAAUGCGAGAAACAAAGUCAAUCGUUGGAUUGUACGAUACAGAUUCGGAAGAUGAGGAGAUUCUCUUCUCGAAGGAAAUGCUGAACAGACUGAGAAAGAAGGAGGCCGCCAUGAAAGUAAGUGGAAUUAGAGUGAUAUCACCUGAAAUGGAAUGAGUUCAGAAUCCACAGGCACCGUCUUCUUCCUCAACAGUCAGAGAUUCCAUGUCGGUCGACACAAACAGUGAGAAAUCGAUUCAGGUGGGCCACUUCUUCCCGAACUUUCCCCUCUUCAAACCGUAACCAUUCCAGGGCUCGUCAACAUCGUCAUCCUCUUCAAAACCGCAGUCGUCCGUGUCUCCGCCCCUUUCAGAAAGGUAGCCGGAUGCCGAAGCCCAUCUUUCUUCGCCCAAUUCAUUCCCCUUUUCGUGUUCGCUUGCAUCCUUCCUCCGAUUAUUAAGUUCAUCCCUUCCUUUUUCAUCUUAUUUUGUACGUAUUCUCGUUGUCUCGUCAUCUGAAAACCAACCAAAAAAUGAAGAUGAGCAGCCACAGACAGAUGUGUAAACAAGAACGAUUUUGAGGUCGAAAAAACAGAUUUGGGACGAGAUUUUGGGAAUUGACGAGAAGGGAAACAAGAGGAAAGUGCCGAGGAAGGAAGUGUAUUUCGGCUCCCGAAUGUCCGAAUUCAACAAUAUGACACGACUUCUGGAGAAGAAGAGAGAGGAAUCCAUUUGGGAUGAAAAGUAUUCCAUCGCCCCCUUUUUUCUCGUUUUCGAAUCAAUGAUCUUUCAGAUAUGCUCAUGCGUCUGCGAUCGACGAAAGUAUCAAAGACCUGAAAGCACGCGAAUGGGGCCUCAAAGAACUGAUCAUCGAACGGGAAGACGCGCUGAAGAAGAAUGAUUUGAUUUCUGCUCAGAGGUGAGCAUUGCCAGGAGCCGGAGAUGAGAACGGAUAGAUUCAGGAGCAAGGAUCGGUUUGACAAGAACAUGAGUGAUGCCCUGCACUUGCCAACUAUUCGUGGAUUCUUGAAUCAAGAAGAGGUACGGUAGCUAUGAACAUGACUACAGUACUCUUCAUUUUCAGUUGAAACGACUGAAACUCGAAUAA